GCUGCAGCCGCCGCCAAGAAGCAGGAGCAGGCCUCGGAGAUCUCUGCAGUUCCGACGCCAAUGCAAGAAGGAUCCACACCAUGGCGACGCAUCGAUGAUAUCGGCAGUGGACUUUACCUCUGCGGCGCCGCUGCCCUGGAGAACAAGGCCGAGCUCGAGCGCUUGGGAAUUCGGGGCAUCCUGAACUGCGCAAAGGACGACUUGUACAGCCGAUCCUACUCUGAUGGUGUGCCCCUGCGCACACGGCUUGAUGGCUACGCCAUCGAGGUGCUUGAAGCGGAGGACAUAGAGGAGCAGCCUAUGCGCGACCUGUGGGUUCGCGCAGUGGAGUUCCUGGACAGGGUGCUCCGUGAAGGUGGCUGCGUGGCGGUGCAUUGCGCGCAGGGCGUAAGCCGCUCUGCGAGCACGUGUCUGGCAUACCUGAUGAUCCGUGAGGGAUUGUCCCUGGAAGCCGCAUUCCGCCGGGUCUUCGAUGCCAGGGACUUCAUCCGUCCCAACCCGGGCUUCUGGCAACAACUACGGGACCUCGAGGCAUCCCUUGGCAAGGCAGGCGGAGUGAUCGACCAGCAGGAUGCUGCCGGGCAAGCAAUCCUGCGCCUGGACGAGGAGCUGAGGCAGAAGAAGUUAGCUGUGGCUGCCGGUUGGUUGUGA